AUGGCCACUUCCUGGUAUGCAGCCUUCUUCAUGCUGAUGGUAUCCUGUGUUUGCAGCACUGUCUUCCACAGAGACCAGCCGACUUGGUUUGAGGGUGUCUUUCUGUCUUCCAUGUGCCCCAUCAAUGUCAGUACUGGCACCUUGUAUGGAAUUAUGUUUGAUGCAGGGAGCACAGGAACUCGAAUUCAUGUUUACACUUUUGUGCAGAAAAUACCAGGACAGCCUCCAAUUCUGGAAGGGGAAAUUUUUGAUUCUGUGAAGCCAGGACUUUCUGCUUUUGUAGAUCAACCAAAGCAGGGUGCUGAGACUGUUCAAGGACUCUUAGAGGUGGCCAAAGACUCAGUCCCCCGAAGUCACUGGAAAAGGACCCCAGUGGUCCUGAAGGCGACAGCAGGACUGCGCUUACUGCCGGAACACAAAGCCCAGGCUUUGCUCUUUGAGGUAAGGGAAGUCUUCAAGAAGUCACCUUUCUUGGUACCAGAUGACAGUGUUAGCAUCAUGGACGGAUCCUAUGAAGGCAUAUUAGCUUGGGUUUCUGUGAAUUUUCUGACAGGUCAGUUGCAUGGCCACAGCCAGGAGACUGUGGGGACCCUGGACCUCGGGGGGGCCUCCACACAAAUCACUUUCCUGCCCCAGUUUGAGAAGACCCUGAAACAAACCCCUAGGGGCUACCUCACUACCUUUGAGAUGUUUAACAGCACUUAUAAACUCUAUACACAUAGUUACUUGGGAUUUGGAUUGAAAGCUGCAAGACUAGCAACGCUGGGAGCCUUGGAGACAGAAGGGAUUGAUGGACAGACCUUCCGAAGUGCCUGUCUACCAAGAUGGUUGGAAGCAGAAUGGAUCUUUGGGGGUGUGAAAUACCAGUAUGGUGGCAACCAAGAAGGGGAGAUGGGCUUUGAGCCCUGCUAUGCUGAAGUGCAGAGGGUGGUACAAGGAAAGCUUCACCAACCAGAUGAGGUCCAGAGAAGCUCCUUCUAUGCCUUCUCUUACUAUUAUGAUCGAGCUGUUGACACAGACAUGAUUGACUUUGAAAAAGGGGGUGUUUUGAAAGUUGAAGAUUUUGGAAAAAAAGCCAGGGAAGUGUGUGAUAACUUAGAAAACUUCACCUCAGGGAGCCCUUUUCUGUGCAUGGAUCUUAGUUACAUCACAGCUUUGUUAAAGGAUGGCUUUGGCUUUGCAGACAGCACCAUCUUAAAGCUCGCAAAGAAAGUGAACAACAUAGAGACAGGCUGGGCCUUGGGGGCCACCUUUCAUCUGUUGCAGUCUCUGGAUAUCACCCACUGA